UCCCUCUACCUCAGCAGCUCAACACAACAGAAAACAGAUCUGCAAACAAAUAUCAAAAUAACAGACUACCAAAACAUAAACGCUGACGUCGUUUGAGUGCAGAAACUUCUGCGCUCUGGCCCUUGAAGCCUCACCACUCUGCAGCUGUGCUGUGCUGUCUGUCUCUCCAUGCUGACUGAAGUGUUCCAGACAUUCAGGGCAGUGAACCAUGGAUGCUCCUGUGCUGGCAGAGCAUGCCUCAGUUCUACUCCAGCAGCUGGAGAGGAUGAGAGCGGUGGAGGAGCUCACUGAUGUGGUGCUCCUGGCAGAGGGGACUCCCUUUCAUUGCCACAAGGUGGUGCUGUCUGCUUUCAGCCCUUACUUCCAGGCCAUGUUCACAUGUGGUCUGAAGGAAACCCGGGGAGGAGAGGUUCCUCUCAGAGACACUCCUGCUCAGAGUCUGAAGUUGCUGCUUGAUUACAUGUACCGAGCUGAACUUCCACUUUCCAAUGACAACAUCCAGGGAGUGGCUGCUGCUGCCUUUCUGCUGCAUGUAGAUGGAGCUUUCAGGUUGUGUCAGAGCCACAUGGAGGCUCGUAUGGACCCUUCAAACUGUGUGGGUCUGUAUCACUGGGCCAGAGACUUGGGGGCCACCAGUUUGGCUGACUGCGCUUUUAGGUUCCUCUGCCAACACUUUGCACAGGUCUGUGAGGAAGAGGAAGUGCUGGAGCUGGAUGCCCAAAGUCUUGGUGAUCUGCUGGGUUCAGAUGACCUCAACAUUUCAGAGGAGCAGGUUGUUCUGGAGCUAGUUCUGCGGUGGGUAGAGAGGCGAAGAGGUGACUCUCAGAGUGAAGCUCAGGCUGUGGAGCUACUGAGGCGUGUUAGGCUGGAACUCGUCAAUCCUGGAUUCCUUAGGAAAGCCAGGAGGAGAAACCCGGUAUUGCUGCGGGAUGCUGAGUGCUUUGGGAUGAUUGAUGCUGCUCUACAGACGUCAGGACUCUGUGAGACAGCAGCUCCUCGUCGGUCUGCGCUUCGUUACGGCAUGGAAACCGCAGACCUGUUGCUCUGCCUUGGUGGGGUAAACCAGGAAGGAGUACCUGCUCGCCGUGGGGGACUAGCUGACCUCAGUUUCUGCUUUUCCCCCCAGAGUAGAAAGACUCAUUUUAUACCCUCUCCACUGAAGGGCUGUGGAGGCAGGGGACAGAUCACAGCAGGGGGUGUGACACAGGACAACAACAUAGUGGUGGCUAUAGAGACGGAAAAUGAGCACAGGGUGAAGAAGGUUGAUUUAUACAGGUUUGAUCGUUCGGAGGAGAACAGCUGGGUGGAGCUGUGCUCAGCAGCACACAGGGACAUGUACGCUUUAGGGCUGCUAGGGGAUUGCCUCUUCAUGAUUGGGGGUCAGAUGAAAACCCGUAAUCACUAUGUCAUCACAGACAGUGUGGAGAGAUGGUCGCUGAAGAGAGGAGGCAGCUGGCUCAGCUUUGCCCCUCUGCCGCUGCCCUUAGCCUGCCACAGUGUCGUCAGCUUGAAGGAGCAUCUGUAUGUGCUGGGGGGCUGGACCCCACAGCAUCAACCAGAUGAUGAGCCUGACAAGCUGAGCAAUCGCAUGUUUCAGUUUGACCCCAGCAAAGACAGGUGGACAGAGCGUGCCAGGAUGAAGUACUCCAGGUACCGCUGCGGCACAGCAAUUCUUAAUGGAGAAAUCUACAUACUAGGUGGUAUAGGAUGUAAUGGAGAGGACAUAGGACAGUCACGCCGCUGUCUGAGCUCUGUGGAGAUUUACAAUGCAGACACAGACACCUGGAGGGCGGGACCAACCCUUCCAAUGGCUUUACUGUCCCUACGAACCAAUGCCUCUAAUUUAGCAGCAGUGGAUGGAAAGCUUUACCUCUGUGGAUACUACAAAGGGGCAGGCCGUCAUGAGAUCAUCACCAAGGAGAUUCUGGAGUUAGACCCUGCAGACAAUGUGUGGACGGUGGUGGAAAGACGAGCAGCCAUGCAUGACAGCUAUGACGUCUGUCUGGUGGCGAACCUCAAUCCUCGAGACCUCAUCACACCCUGAUUCACAUUCUCCUGACUCUGAGCAACAGUGCAGGGGGUCUGGAUGUUAGCUCCAUUCUCAUGCAGUUUAAUCCAAGCUUGGCUUGACUUUAAGACGUCAUAUGUAGUAACAGAAAGGUCAAUAUGACCCUGAAAUUUGAAAAUCUCAUGCUUAUUGCUGUAACACUGAUAACAGGCUUGAUUUCUUGUGUAUCGCAGCCCUGAUAGGGCAUUAUAUUUUGCUCUGUUUUAAUGAGUAAAUUUUAGCUGUUAAACAGAUUUAUCUGGUAAAGCUAUCAUUUUUAUCCAUAAAUAAUUAGAUUAAUAAGUCAAGUUAUUGGAAAAACAACCAAAAUGUACUUGUUAUCUCAGGAAACAAAAUGAAAUGAAAAUAUGGAUGCAUGUUCUAAUAGGGCCUCUAUACCUGAAAUAAUUUGACAGCUGUAACCAUUGUAAAAUAAUUGCUUUUAUUUCAUAUACUUUUUACUGACUUGAAUGGGAGCACUGAUUGGAUAUGCAUACAUUUUCGUGUAUUUUUUGUGAUAACAGGUUUUGUUCUCACAAAAUCUUGACCUAUUUGUCAUGUUUUCCCUGAAUUUACACAUGUAGACACAGGAUACAAUUUUACAUCAGAGCAGGGAAACUGAAAAAAUGAAAUGUAUGGAUGUGUGUCCCAUGCUUUUUUCCCUUUUAAAGUAGAAUUAAGUUAAAAAACAAAAGGCCAGUUAUCUAUUAAACUGUAUUUGAUCUGAUUGAA